AUUUUUAAGCUGGCCUUGCAGCGUAUGUGUUUUACGGAGUGGUUUUACCGCAAUAUCAAUUCACGAUUUGCGAAACAAUGAAACUGGUACGGUCUGUUUGCCGAUGUACAUCCUAACUCUUCAUAAUUCCCCAGAAUCUCCAGAAACUCACCGUGGUCGACGUAAAUUUAACAAUUCAUCCGAAUCACAGAUGUACAGAUAUACUGUAGUACAAACAGAAUCUUUUUUUAAGGAGUAGUUUCGCGCUUGGCUAAGGGGCCGUCCGGGAGAUCUCCACGAAUUCAAGCUGUUCAUGUCACCGCAAAUCUUGUGCCCAGGAUGAGCUUCCUGAAGCCACAUAUCUUCACCAUGUUCAAGGACUGUUGAAUUGGUGUUGUUUCAGCACUCAAUGCGUUGGCCCAUGGAGGAAGGACAAAACUUAUGGUUGGCCCGACGUCAAACCCCACAUUUCUGGGGAUACAAUUUCCGCUACUACUAGUGACCACAAUUGCAAUAUUUAUUGAUCUUAAUUUGUACUUUGUAGCAGAGCUUUAACCAUAGGCAGGUUUGAAACACGGUAAAACAUGCCAGCGGUUAGGAUUUAACCCAAGUCAUCAGUCUCAUAAAGAUGGAGGUCUUUGUGAAUACUUAUGAUGCGUACAGCGAGCUGUAGCAACCAUGACCCAGCAGCCUCGCCCAUACAUCCGCAACCCUAUGUUGCGGAUGGCCUACGAGCAUCAGACGAACACCAAAUUCACCAGGAAUAAGAUCCGACAGCAUUUUGAUGUAGAAAAGUGGUACAAAUGCAACUUGGACAUUUUUCCAGAAGAUCUCAGGGUCAUGUUUCAUCAGUCUCACAUGGACAGGGCUACUGAAAAGUUCUUGGACAUCAGCUACAGGAAAUCAGAUUGGAUCAUCACUCAAGCAUGGCAUUCAUUGGCCAAGGCAUUUCUGGGUUUCUUUAUGUCAACUACCUCAAUUAAUGGGUUACUCGACCGGGGAAGCAUGUUCGUCUUCUCCAAGGAGCAGUUUCGGUCGCUCCUUGAGAUCGACGCCGACUUCAAAGCCGACCAUCUGCUGGACCUCGGCGCCGGAGAUGGGAAGGUGACGGAGAUAAUGGCCAGUCAUUUCAGGAGGGUGUCCGCCACGGAGGUGUCUUACACCAUGCAGAGAAGGCUGCGCCAGCUGGGAUACACAAUUCUUGGUCUUGAGCAGUGGGCCGGCCACAAGUAUGAUGUCAUCAGCUGCUUGAAUCUGUUGGAUAGAUGUGAGAGACCAGCCACCAUCAUGAAAGACAUCCACAGGUCACUAGCACCCGGCGGUGUGACGAUUGUCGCCAUGGUGCUUCCGUUUAAACCGUUCGUUGAGACGGGCUCGAAUCAAAACCAGCCCAUCGAGGAGUUGCAUCUCCAGGGCAACACGUGGGAAGAGCAGGCCAGGAGCUUCAUCUUAGACUUUUUCACCCCUGCGGAAUUCACGGUCCUGGCUUUCACUAAGUUACCCUAUCUCUGUGAGGGCGACACGGAGAACCCCUUCUACGUCCUCCAAGACGCUGUGUUCGUCUUGAGGAGGUCUGCCGAUGCCGGCAUGGCGUUACCUUGGGCAUCAUGUGAGUCUGGGGCUGACGACAGUGACGUUGUGGUGGACAUUACCAGCUGAGGAAGAUCGACUUCUGGAAUACCCCACUUCCUGUUUGAAUUUUAUUUUUGUUAUUCUAUUGCCGAUAGGAAGUGGUAGUUUCAGCACGUUCCUUAUUUUGUGACCGGAAUUCUCAUUACCAGAAAACUCGAGUGCAGCAUCUGAACUCGGGCCUUCGGCCAGGCCAUACCAGGAUUUCGAGCAUCUCUCAUCUGCUACUACAAUCCCACUAAGGGGAUUUUGUUACCAGUUAAAAAAGUACCAAUCCCAGCCGUGAAUAAUUACCAUCGCUUGACUGAACAGCACGUGCGGUAUACCUGGAGUUUUCUCAGGACUCAUUAAGUUAAUAACCUGUGUGGUAUUUAGUUUUGUAAAGUCAUGAAACAAUAUUUUCCAGUUUUAAUUGCUGAAAUAGAGGCACAAAUGCCCAAAUCCCAAAUGAGAUAUGGAGAGGAGCCCAUAGUUCUUGGGGAAAUUGUCCUGUGGGGUCCAGUUUAAAGAAGUAUAGAUUGGCGUGUAAUUGCAAAAAUGGUGGACUGGCUACUUGCAGUGUUGAUAGAUGCCAUGAGCAAUUGAGAUGUCACCUUCCCGUGGGCAAAGAUAAACAAUGAAAUCCUGGUUUGAGGGGAAGCUAGAUUUUUAAAAGGAAAUUUGCGUUUAUGCAAAUACGUUUGCUCAUACACGGGCCCUCUCUCAUGGAAUUGCCAAGCUCAGAAAUCUGCUGUAAUAGCUGCUAUUGUCAGCUUAGCUGACGUUGGUUACCAGCUCAAAUGCUACGCAAAGUAUAUACAUGUAAUGGGAGACCAGUUGUGUGUUUGUUCUUGUGCAACCCGGCUAUCUGCUAAGCAAUUUCUUCUGCUUCAGAGGUUUAUGUAGUUGGAUGCUUGUUGCCUUCCUCGAUCACUCUGGGGUUAAACAGCUCUUGCAUCCAAUCAGGGAACAGUCCCAGUAUUUUAAGUUUUGAAAGGUUCUGUAAUGGUUUCAGGCUAGACUGCAUUGAAAAUAAGGGAAUAUGUGCUUGACUGGUCUCAAAAGUAUGUUUAACCUGGCUCGGGAGACUACACGCGACUAAUGCCCGAGCUGCAGGCGAGGGCAUUAUCAGAGCUCAGUCUCCCAAGCUGGUCUUAAAUGUUAGUUUGAAACCAGCCGAGCACAUAGUGAUUCCCGUUCAUAAAUACCUGUUUAGUCCGAGUCUAAAGAAGUCACUGUAUGAUGGAUUUCCUAUGAUUUUAUCCUAGAAUUUUACUUUCAUUUUCCUGAACACCCCCGUCCAUUUUAUGGUAUAUUCCUUGUACAAGUUGUCCAGUAGAAUCUCCUUGUAUGCACUUGGCGUGCGUAGUGAGCCGUGUGCACACUUGACUAAUCAGAAUCAAACUGUCUCAUAUCCAUGUGCCAGCGCGUGAUUAACGCAGCGGGCAUUGUCAAAUGUUAAUACACAGGUAUUUAUGAAUGCCAAUUAAUUAUGGACUGUUCCCGCAAAGACUACCAAAGGCCUGAAAUGUAUACAUUAUACACUGUUAAUUUUUAUAUAUAUUUAGUUACACAUGGAAUAAUUUGAAAGAUUUGGUUGUCGGAAAUAUUAACCUUAUGUUGUUUGAAUGCAAGGCCUGGCAGUGACAAAAGGUCUGGGGCCAAUUUAUAGAGCUGCUUAAGCACAAAAUUUGCUUAAGCGCAAAAAAGCCUUGCUUAAAAAACAAAGGUUACCAGCUCAAAAUCCAAGUGAUUGUCAUGCUAACCACAAGACAGGCGAAUACCAUGCCAGAACAGUAUACAUCACAUGGAGUUUUGGCUGGUAACCUAAUUUAUCAAGUAAGGUUUUUUCACGCUUAAGCAAAUUUUGUGCUUAAGCAGCUCUGUGAAAUUGGCCCCUGGUGUUGUGUGAAAUUUGGACCUUAUGAUACACUGAUGCAACUGUAUUGCGAAUCAUGUAACUGUGGGUUGGCGCCCAGAACUGGGAGAGUCGUUAUAAAGACCAAAUUUUUGGGCGGUCCAAUUUUCACACGACACCAGGAGUGUGGUAAAUGCUGGUACAAAAGGCUUGCAAGGCGAAAUAUUGAUACUUGCCAAGCUGUGUUGGGGGUCCGCAGUUACUGAAGAAAGUUAACUUGCCACAUGUCCUGACAAAACCAACAUUGCAUCAACUUUCAAGAUGUUGUGCUGUUAAAGCAAGGUCAUCUCCAUGGCAACCUUAAACCAGGGUCAAAAUUCUUUACCAGUGUUUUACUUGUCAGUGUUUUUGUUGACUGAAUCAUUUUGUUACUUCUUUAAUGUUAAUAGGUCACCGUAACAGUUGAGUUUGUGACUCCGAAGUGUUAAAAACUAACAGGUAAUAAGG